ACAGUUGCGUUGGAAGCUGCUGUGGAUGCGGACGUUUGAAUCUUGGGUGAUCAAAAUGUCGUUCCGUACGGUAAUUUUUUCAUUUCUGAUGCUCGUUGGUUUUAGCCAGGCAGUACUGAUCGUCGGGCCGAAAACAUUUCGUGCUAAUCGAGACUACAAGAUGGUGAUUCACAACUUUUACAAAGGAGCGAAUAAGGUUGAUCUGCUGAUGUGCUUGGAAGGCCGUGAUGAGGAGGGAAACAUUCUGCUGAACAUUACCAAAUCUACUGACGUACGGAAAAAUACAAACAAGCUGGUGUCCUUCAAGAUGCCCGAGCAUGUAACGCCCGGCUAUUAUAAACUCACAAUCGAUGGCCAGAAUGGUUUCGCGUUCAAAUCGGAAGCCGAACUGAUCUACCUGAACAAAACCAUUGCGGCGUUAAUACAGUUUAGCAAACCCGCCUACAAGCCCGGAGAUAGCGUCGAGUUUCGUGUGAUUGUGCUCGAUCCCAAUCUGAAGCCACCUUCAGAGGACACGAUGGUGAAUGUGACUGUAAAGGAUUCGAUCGGUAACAUCAUUAGUAAGUGGUCCGAUGCGCCAUUGUCCAAUGGAGUGUUAGAAGGGGAAAUGGAUUUGGCUACUUCACCUCUCCCGGGAAUCUAUAGUAUCGAGGUCGAGUCAAACGACGAGCAAUUAGCCUCCAAAACGUUCGAAGUGAAGGAAUACGUAUUGUCCACGUUUGAUGUAAAUGUCUACCCAACAACAGUACCUCUCGAAGAGCACAAGAUGCUCAAUCUUACGAUAGAGGCCAACUACUACUUUGGCAAACCCGUUAUCGGUACCGUGAAGAUGCAGCUCGUUGAGGAGAAUGUUGUUUUGGAAAGCAAUGCAUCCAUCGGCCCAUCCAUCAGAGAGUGGGAUGUAAAUGGACUGCUGCAGGUCAGCAUCCCUUAUGUUACGGUUUUAAAUAACGUCGACGAACGGAAUAUCAAUUUGAACAUUACUUUCACCGAACAAUACACAAAUCGUACGGUUACCAAAGAGCAUCAAAUAACGGUGUAUAAACACAAAUACAAAGUUACGUUGGAGGAGAAGAAUCACGAAUUCCAUCGUAAUGCGCCGUACAAGGCUACUCUUCUCAUUGCUAACCAAAACGGUACGCCUGCUGCUGGAGUUGCUGUGCAGGUGCAAGUGGAUGGUCUGGAUAAUGCCAUGGUUUUGAACAGUACUAGCGAUAAAAAAGGGUUUAUCGGUUUGUAUUUUGAACCCCCCGCAUCUGCCGAUGCAGUGAAUAUUACAGUAACAAUCGGCGAGGAACGGCUUCUCUUUGAAACGAUCAAAAAAGUCGAACAUUCAGUAAAUGGGAAUAUUGAGAUUGAGUUAAAAUCACCUGCUCAGCUGAACAAAAUGUUAAAGGCGGUCGUUAAAUGUUCAACAAGGGGCAGCUUUUUCGCGUAUUUUGUGAUUGCAAAAGGCAACAUUGUGGACUCUGGCUCGUACAGUCUCGGCCAGGUGACUAGACACUCGAUCCAGUUCAAUGUCACCGAGCCCAUGGUGCCAAAGUUCAAACUCGUCGUGGCGACCGUAUCGAACAACAUUAUUGUUUACGACUAUGUGGAUGUGGUGGUUAAGGAGUUUUUAAACAACUUCGAUAUCCGUAUCGUCGGAGACAAGAGCGAUACAUUUAGACCGGAUAAUCAAAUCGAGUUCAACUUGCUUGGCCGACCCGAAGCUUACGUUGCGCUGGCAUCAUACGAUAAGAGUGUGCUGCAACAUGGUAGUUUACAUGACAUUGGACUAGAUGAUGUUUGGAGGGUAUUUGAAGGAUUUCAUACGCCUGAAUCGAACAAAUUCGAUGUGUUUCAAAGCAUGGGUCUAUUUGUUCGAGUAUUGGAUGAACUGCCACUCGAAAGAGCACCGCUGCGAUCAUCACGAAAGACAGUGCCGCUCGGUGGGACUGCUGAACCACAGCGAUUAGUUGCGUACAGAACCGACUUUCCCGAGGCUUGGUUGUGGAAAACCCUAGCCCUGCCAAGCACGGGACGAAUCACAAUUGUUGAGCAGCUGCCUGACACGACGACCUCAUGGUAUCUGACCGGUUUCUCCAUUGAUCCAGUGUACGGAUUUGGUAUAAUCAAGAAACCGCUGCAGUUCACCACCGACCAGCCGUUCUACAUUGUCGACAAUUUGCCGUACUCUGUCAAGCGCGGUGAAGCGGUUCUGUUGCAGUUCACGCUGUUCAAUACACUCGGUGCGGAGUAUAUGGCCGAUGUAACGAUGUACAAUGUAGCGAAUCAGAUCGAAUUCGUUGGUGCGAAAACGAAAGGGAACAUUUUGAAAAAAACCCUGACCGUCCCCCCAAACGUUGGAGUUCCAGUAGCAUUCCUCGUGAAGCCAAAGAAGCUGGGAGACAUGGUGGUCCGGUUGGAAGCUUCAAUUAUGAUGGGUGCGGAAAAAGAUGGGGUUGAACGGCUUGUCCGGGUGUUGCCGGCCGCUUUGGUGCACACACGCAUGAUCUCGAAUCUGGUCGCUCACAAAACAUACACGAGUGAAUUAAUUGACAUUCCUCUGGAUUUUGGCAGCGAGCCUGAAGUUGAUUCCAUUGUGAUCGACUUUUCCGUCACCCCGAGCGUUCUUACCAAUGUGAUCGAAAACUUGGGCAAACUUUUGGCUGUUCCGACUGGGUGUGGGGAGCAAAAUAUGAUACGCUUUGUGCCCAACGUGGUAGUGCUGGACUAUAUGCACGCUACCUCGUCGACCGAGUACGCCAUCAUGGAAAAGGCAAGGAGAUAUCUGCAAACGGGAUACCAGAACCAAAUGAGGUAUCGUAAGCAGGAUGGUUCGUUCGGUGUCUGGAAGCAUGGUGUCGGAAGCAUCUUUCUUACCGCGUUCGUUGGAAAGUCGAUGAAAACGGCAGCAAAGUACAUCUAUGUGGAUCAAUACCAGAUGGGCAUGGCCUAUGCUUGGCUAGCCUCGAAGCAAAAAACAAACGGUAGGUUUGACGAGGUAGGCCCAGUAUUCCAUACGGACAUGCAGGGUGGACUGCGUCAUGGGCUAGCGCUCACAUCCUACGUAAUGAUUGCAUUCCUCGAGAAUGCACAACAAGCGGCUAGGCAUCGCACCGUAGUCGAGCGCGGGAUGAGGUAUAUUGCAAGCAACAUUCACGCCACGAGCGAUGUUUACGAUUUGGCCAUCGCAACGUACGCCUUGUGGUUGAACAAACACAGCGAGAAAUCCCGUGCCAUAAACCGACUCGCCGAGCUGUCGACGGAGCAACGGAAUGGCCAACAGCGCUUUUGGUUCAGACAGUCAAACCAAAUUGAAACCACCGCCUAUGCGCUGCUAGCUUUCGUGGAGGCCGACCGGUACACCGAGGGAGUUGCCAUUAUGCGCUGGUUAGUGAACCAGCGGUACGCAACGGGAAGCUUUCCACGCACCCAGGAUACGUUCGUCGCGUUGAAGGCGCUGACAAAGUUAGCAGAGAAGAUAUUUCCAAAGGCCAAUGACUAUCUCAUCCAGCUGGAGCAUGCACAGGAGAGAAAAGAGUUCACUGUCAACUCUGCAAACAUCAGCUUUGCCUCGGCUGAAAGAAUACCGAAUACUGUCAAAGACCUGAAGGUGACAUUCACAGGUACCGGGACAGCUCUGGUGCAGGUCGCCUACCAAUACAGCACAAAUUUGUUGCAAUCCUCCAAUCGGUUCAAGUUAGAAGUCACUAGAAAACACACCACUUCCAGUUUUGUGUUGAAACUACUGAUUUGCAGUAGCUUUGAGCCGGCGUUGUCGGAUGAGCGCUCGAACAUGGCGCUGGUAGAAGUGAACUUACCGAGUGGAUACGUAGUGGAUGGCAAAUCCAUCAGCGAGGCAACGACCGAGAAUCCUAUAAGGGAAAAGGAAAUUCUGUACGGUGCGACGUCGAUCGUUCUGUAUUACGACAAUAUGGGCAACGAACGCAAUUGCUUCGUGGUUACGGCUUACCGACGGUUCAAGGUGGCCCUCCGGCGACCGGCAUACGUGAAGGUGCACGACUAUUACAACCCAAGCUUUUACGCUAUCAAAGCGUACGAAGUGGACCGACAGGAGCUCUGCGACCUUUGUGACAGUUCCGAGUGUUCCUCUACAUGCCAUCGAGGGUCUUAAGAUUGAAUGUGCUUGAUUUCAGAAAAAUAAACCUCAUUGCAAGAUUCUCAUUGCAACUAACCGCAAAAGUAUGCUGACGAGAAAAUGCAGAAUCAUAUUUCGGAACGCGUUAAAAAUAAAAUUGUACACAUUAACGAAAUGCAAAACAAUAAAAGGUUUUGCAGAACAUAAUGUUCAA